CAAGCCACCAUGAUGCUCUACAGUCACCUGUUGCUCUUUGUCUACAUCCUCACCUUCCUGAUGGGGGUCCCCGCCAACAUCCUGGCAUUCUGCACCUUCUGCCGCAAGGUGCGUCGCAAGGCCAACCCCAUCGACAUCCUCCUCCUCAACCUCACCAUCUCCGACCUCAUCUUCCUCCUGUUCCUGCCGUUCAAAAUGAAGGAGGCCUCGGACGACAUGGCCUGGCUGUUGCCCUUCCCCCUGUGUCCCUUCACCAGCUUCCUGUUCUACGUCACCAUCUACAACAGCACGCUGCUCCUCACGGCGGUGAGCGUGGAGCGGUACCUGGGCGUGGCCUUCCCCCUGAGGUACGCCGCGUGUCGCAGGCCUCGCUACGCCGUGAUGGCCAGCGUGGCCUUCUGGCUGGUGAGCUCUCUGAACCUCAGCAUGGUCUACAUCAUACCCCACGUCCAGUGGAGCAAAGGGUCAGAUGGUGGGAACCCCAACGGCAGCAGCAGCGCACCCCCACUCACCUGCUACCAUAACUUCUCACCGGACGAGCUAGAUAUCAUUCUGCCGUUCCGCCUGGAGCUCUUCAUCGUCCUCUUCUGCAUCCCCUUCUUAAUCUGCUGCUACUGCUACGUCAACUUCAUCCUCAUCCUGUCACAUCUCCCGAACAUCGGCCGGAGGCGGAGGCUACGUGCCAUAGGCCUGGCACUCGGGACGCUGAUAGUGUUCGCCGUCUGCUUCGGGCCUUACAACGCCUCCCACCUGGUGGGGUUCCUCAACAUGGAGAGCCUGGAGUGGAGGAACGUGGCGUUGCUCUCCAGCACCUUCAACGCCUGCCUGGACCCGAUCAUCUUCUACUUCUCGUCGGCGGCGGUCAGGAGCAUGUUGAACCUCUGCUGCAGGAACAUCAUGGCCAAGCUGCACAUCCUGAGGUGUGGGGGGGCUCCGCACAUCUCUGAGAAGAGCCAGGAAGCAGCCCCUCCAUGA